UCUCUCGCUGCUGUCGCGUGGUGACGUGUGUGUACGCGGGCCUAGUGGGGGAGCCCCGGGGCCUACCCGGGCCUCGCGCUCACUCACAACCAAACAGCCAGCCGAGCCGACAUUUGGGUGGCCUACAUUGUAAGCCUGCCGAUCUGGAAGGCGGUACUCGUUGCACUCUCAAGCUCAUGGACGAGCUGGGCGAGAAGGGCUAUCAGAAGUGCAUCCUCGACGACUGGGUGGGGGCGUUGGCCAUUUGGGACGACGCCAUCAGACGCUAUCCCAAAGAGAAACGGUUUUACAACAACAGAGCCCUGUGCUAUUUUCAUAGGAAGGAAUACAUGAGAGCCCUGGCUGAUGCCCGAUACAUGACAAGUCAUUUCCCUGAUUAUAUUCGAGGACAUUUUCGUGAAGGAGAGAUUUUAUCUGCCAUGGGAAAAUACGAAGAAUCUUAUAAAUGUUUCACUAGGGCCAGGAAGCUUGAUCCAAAUAAUAUAGAAGCUAUAAACGAAUUAGCCGAAGCUCAGAUUCAAAUUCUUCGUAAGAAGGGGUGGACACGUUACCAAGCUGGCUGUGCAAUUACAGCUGCUCAGGAUAUACAGGAGGCUGAGCAAAUUUUAAAGGCUGGUGCAAUAUCAUCAAAAGACUCAGAACUUUAUUUAUCAGAAGAUGAAGAUAUACACAUAGCAACUCCAAAAAAAAUAGCCUCAACAGUGUAUGAUGCCAGGGAAGACCCUAGUAAUCCAAUGAAGAGCUACACCUUGUGGAUAGGCAACAUGACUGAAAAACUGACUGACUCACAAGUGGCUAAUUUUUUCAAACCGUAUGGAGAAGUUAAAAGUGCAAAACUUUGUCUCGACAAAUACUGUGCCUUUGUUAACUUUGCUCGCCAUGAAAGUGCUUCUAAGGCUAUGAAAGCUCUACAGGGGACAGAUUUAGGUGGGAAUAAGAAAGUUGUUUUAAGAUGGCCAGAUAAGGUUUUGAAGGGUAGGGAAAGUUGAAGGCAUUAAUAUUAUUGAUGGGUCCAAUUAUAUAAAUAUAUAUUUUUUUUUUGUUAAUUUUAAUUUAUGUUAAGUACCAUGUUAAUGGCUUGUGAUAUCAACACAGUUGUUCUCAAGAUAGAUUCAAAUGAAGAUUCUGUUAAAUUUAAAUAUAAGAGUAAAGGUUAAUAAAAUAAAUAUGUUCAAAUAA